GCCGAGCUCGCGCUGUUGCUCUUGCUGCUGCCGCCGGCUGGCAAUUGUUCCAGGAGCCUCGGCGGCCGCCAGAGAGAACAGCCAGCCAGCCGACGGGCAGAGAGAAGGCGGCCACCAUGAGCAGCCAGAAGUGCGAUGUGGUCGUGAUCGGGGCAGGCAUCUCAGGUCUAUCAGCAGCCAAGUUGCUGUUUGACUCGGGAUUGAGUGUUGUGGUCCUGGAAGCCCGUGACAGGGUUGGAGGCAGAACAUUCACAGUCAGAAAUAAGCAUGUCAAAUAUGUGGACCUAGGAGGGGCAUACGUGGGGCCAACACAAAACCGUGUCUUGCGACUAUCUAAGGAGCUGGGACUAGAGACCUAUAAAGUGAAUGAAGUAGAACAUCUCAUUCACCAUGUCAAGGGCAAAUCUUAUCCCUUCAAAGGCCCUUUCCCUCCAAUGUGGAAUCCCAUUGCCUAUUUGGAUUACAACAAUUUGUGGAGGACAAUGGAUGAAAUGGGGAAGGAGAUUCCCAAUGAAGCGCCAUGGAAGGCGCCCCAUGCAGAGGAAUGGGACAAAAUGACUAUGCAAGAAUUGAUAGACAAAGUGUGCUGGACAAAUGCUGCCAGACGGUUUGCUACUCUGUUUGUCAAUGUCGAUGUUACCUCUGAGCCCCAUGAGGUCUCUGCUCUGUGGUUCCUGUGGUAUGUUAAACAGUGCGGUGGGACAUCCAGGAUAUUUUCAACAACCAAUGGAGGCCAGGAGAGGAAAUUCAUUGGAGGUUCUGGCCAAAUUUGUGAGAAGAUCAUGGAAUACCUAGGAGAGCUGGUUAAACUAGAGAAGCCUGUUACCUCCAUUGAUCAGACUGGUGAAAGUGUCAUUGUGGAGACACUGGAUCAUGAAACAUACGAGGCCCGGUAUGUUAUUAGUGCCAUCCCUCCGGCACUUUGUAUGAAGAUUCACUUUAACCCUCCAUUGCCUUCAAUGAGGAAUCAGUUGAUCAGCCGGGUUCCUAUGGGAUCAGUCAUCAAAUGCAUAGUAUACUACAAGGAAGCAUUCUGGAGGAAAAAAGAUUAUUGUGGCACCAUGAUAAUUGAAGAUGAGGAUGCAGCUAUUGGUUUGACACUAGAUGACACUAAACCCGAUGGAAGUUUUCCAGCAAUAAUUGGUUUUAUCCUUGCUCGGAAAUGCAGAAAAUUGACUCACCUCACCGUGGAGGAAAGGAAAAGAAGGAUCUGUGAGCUCUAUGCAAAGGUGUUGGGAUCCCAGGAAGCCUUGCAUCCAGUGCACUAUGAAGAGAAGAACUGGUGUGAAGAACAAUAUUCUGGGGGGUGCUAUACAGCCUAUUUCCCACCAGGGAUAAUGACUCAGUUUGGAAGGGUAAUUCGUGAGCCAAUUGGGAGAAUCUUCUUUGCAGGCACUGAGACGGCUUCAGAAUGGAGCGGCUACAUGGAAGGUGCAGUGCAGGCUGGAGAGAGAGCCGUCAGAGAGAUAUUGCACUCAAUGGGGAAGAUUUCGGAAGCAGAAAUUUGGAAGUCAGAACCAGAAUCACUCGAUGUCCCAGCCCUGCCAAUCACUACCACCUUUUGGGAAAGGAACUUACCUUCUGUACCUGGACUUCUCAAGUUGUUUGGCUUCUGUGCUCUCUUGACAUCAGCGACUGCAGUAGGGCUCUGCACAUUUAAAAGGGGACUUCUGGUGAAAAAUUGAAAAUUGAUCUGUGAAUCUAAUAAGAAUUGGCAGAUGUGUGUGCAUUUGCACGAUCAUUUUACUCUUGCCAGGUAGUGAUGAAUGCAAUUCUCAAUUAUCCCAUGUAUUUCUCCUAUGAAACUUUAUCUUGCAAAAGGGUCCAAUAUGUAUUUCUGAGGCCAGUACAAAGUGGGCUGCUGCUGUUAUUAUUAUUUUGGGGUGUUUUUUUUAAAGUGGUCUGGUGGAGCCCAGUGUAUUGCCAUGACGUUUUCCUUUUUUACAAAAUCAACUACUAUGUUGAUCUCACCACAGUGGCAAAGCAAAAAUCAUUGCACAGUGGGAGAAAAGUAGUUGAUCGAACAUUUCCACUGCCUCCAAAUGUUUUGGGAGAAUGAAAAUUAAACGAAGAGAUUAUCUGAGUGAAUAAAUUCCAGGGUCAACAUUCUACACAAA